AGAGCUUAAGAGUAACGCGCUCCCGCGCCACCGGCUUCCGGAGCUCGACUUCUUCGUCGUGUCUCAAAGCUCAGCCAUGGCGUCCCUAGCGAAGGCUCCCCUCCUCGAGAACCGGCCGGGAACCGACGAGCAGCCCGAGGCGGCUUAUGAUUCCGACGAGAAGGUGGUCAUCUCCGUCUCCGACGAUGAAGGCCCGUCAGCGGCUGCGGAGACGGAGGAAGUUGACGGCUCCCUCCCGCCCUUCUCGUGGCGGAAGCUUUGGCGGUUCACCGGCCCGGGGUUCCUGAUGUCCAUCGCGUUCCUGGACCCCGGGAACCUCGAGGGCGACCUCCAGGCCGGCGCGGCCGCGGGGUACGCACUCCUCUGGUUGCUCCUCUGGUCCACCGCCAUGGGGCUCCUCAUCCAGAUACUCUCCGCGAGGCUCGGCGUGGCGACGGGGCGCCACCUGGCGGAGCUCUGCCGCGACGAGUACCCGCGGUGGGCCACCGUCGCGCUCUGGCUCAUGGCCGAGCUCGCUCUCAUCGGGGCCGACAUCCAGGAGGUGGUCGGGAGCGCCAUCGCAAUCAAAAUCCUCAGCGGCGGGGUCAUCCCCCUCUGGGCCGGGGUGGUCAUCACGGCUUUGGACUGCCUCGUCUUCUUGUUUCUUGAGGACUAUGGUGUGAGGAAAUUAGAAGCUUUCUUUGGGGUUCUAAUUGCAACAAUGGCGGUCUCAUUUGCUGUAAUGUUUGGUGAAACCAAGCCUAGCUUCAAGGGACUGCUGAUUGGUACUGUUGUUCCAAAACUAAGUUCGAGUACAAUAAGACAGGCAGUGGGGAUCGUUGGCUGCAUUAUUAUGCCCCACAACCUGUUCUUGCAUUCUGCUCUUGUGCAGUCAAGAAAAAUCGACAAUUACAAUAAAAGCCAUGUUAGAGAAGCAAUGAAGUACUAUUCCAUAGAAUCCACUGUGGCUCUUGCGGUUUCCUUCUUUAUCAAUGUUUGCGUCACUACAAUUUUUGCAAAGGGAUUCUAUGGUACAGAAGCAGCCAGUUCUAUAGGGCUUGAGAACGCUGGGCACUUCUUACAAGAGAGAUAUGGAGGUGCAUUUCCCAUUCUGUAUGUAUGGGGUAUUGGACUAUUGGCCUCUGGACAGAGUAGCACAAUUACUGGCACUUAUGCUGGGCAAUUCAUCAUGGGAGGCUUUUUGAAUCUUCGAUUGAAGAAGUGGGUACGAUCUGUGAUCACAAGAAGCUUUGCAAUUUUGCCAGCUAUGGUGGUUGCUCUUUUGUUUGAUACCAAGGGCUCAGCCAUGGAUAUUCUGAAUGAGUCACUUAAUGUGCUUCAAUCCAUUCAGAUACCAUUUGCUCUUAUCCCACUGCUUACUUUGGUCUCAAAGGAACAGGUUAUGGGAAUUUUUAGGAUUGGCACUAUUACAAAGGUGGUAACCUGGAUCGUGACAGGUUUUCUAAUAGUCAUCAAUGGUUACCUUUUGCUUGAUUUCUUCUCUGCUGAAGUACAUGGCGUGCUCUUUAAUUCUCUUCUUUCUCUCAUCUUAGCACUAUAUGUUAUGUUCAUCGUUUAUCUUGUCUUGUGGGGUAGCACUUUGUAUGCUUGGGUUACUAUAGCAAUCAGGAAGAGUUUCCGCAGUGGCAACUGACAGCACGGUUAUUACAAUUUGCAAGGAAGUCACUGAAUACAUGCCUCAGGAAAACUGCAAGACUGUGUGGAGCUUUCAAAUCAGUUUGGUGUCUUCUUGUUAUCCAAACUGUUUCCAUUCUGCAACUUAAUAAUGGUGCACCCUAUUGCUUUCCAUACCACAACUCUAGCAAUUAAGAAGCUGAUGCUGCUUACAGGGAUGGAUGCGUAUUGCUCUUCCUCCCACAGCUGUCGUGUUGUAGGUUUUCUGCUAUUUUCCAGAGGUGUCAUCAGACAGUAUUGACUCCACCACUAUCAUAUAAACUCUUAGAUCAAACAAGAAAAAUUGUCUGAUGUACAUAAUGGAAAACAUAUGAAAAACAUUGUUUAUAAAUUUGUAUGGUGAAAUAUACCAUGAUGAUAUACUUCCAAUUUCA